GUCUGUCAGGUCCUCAACCUCUGGUGUCAUUGGUGAAUGACCGAAGAUGUCUCACAGCAGGUUGUUUGCCAGGCUGCUUUGUAAGUUUACCAGUGAAUUUUAUUAUGUUAUGCUUUGUAAAUUUGACAGUAUAUUUUACCCCAUAUGCGUGUACUAGUUUGCUGUAUGCUGAACUGAAGACGAGCUCCGCAGGCUCCCUCAGUCUUGCACUCAUUCAGGCUAGUUAGCCACGUUAGCAUACUAACCGACUCUGCUGUUGUAGUUCAAUGACAGUGAGCCUGUCAGCUAGCUUACUGUGAGGCUAAAAUCUAACUUUAACCCUCUGUGAACCUUCUUCCAGGACAGAGGCAGAGCUGACUGGUGACCUUGCACGUCCUGUUGCCUCUAUGUUGCCUAUUAAGACACAUUUGCUCUCCUUUGCCUUUGACGUUCAUCUAAGAGUGUUUGUAAGAAGCUGAAAUAUCAUUUCUGUCAGUCUGUUUGCAACCUGCUUGAUUCUGACAAUACAGAGGUGAGGUUCAUUCAGGGACACUGCAUCAUGAGAUAAACUAGUGCAGGAUGUAGUUUUCCUCCUGCAUGGACCUUGAGCUUGUUUCAGAAGCUGGACUUUGCUCAGGAUCAUUGAUGAGAUUCUGAGGCUCUGUUAGGAGACCAAAGUUCAGCCUGGAAGAGUGAGCACUGCUGCUUUACAUUCAACUCAACAGAGGCCUCUGUGUGGCUGUUGUUUAAAGUAGAAUCAUAUAGUGGACUUUACCAUGAAUGUAAACAUGGAUGAAGCAAGUUAUUGACCUUCACAACCACACAGUCAGAGGACAUCAACGUGUUUCUUAUUUGAGGUAGUGCUAAGCAGUUGUUGUUUCCUUCUUGGUUUCUUUUAAUGCAAAAGAAGAAAACUUUAGAUUAAGUUAGAUGAAGUUGCCAGGAAAUAUGUCUGUCUGACAAGCCAUAACAUUAUGAACACUUGCUCCACACAAGUUCUAUUUUUAGGAGGUGUAAAAUGUCCAGUUUUGUUGACAUGAUUAAUAGACACUGGUGAUUAUAGUACUUCACAUUUAUUAUUGAAGAUGAAGUGAGCAGUGGUAGUGUACUUUUGUGUGUUUUAUUGUGUUCCUAACACUCUAUCCACUGAAUUAACACAAUUAAGGAAUCAAAAUUGAACAUCUUCAGCCUAAUGAAGUUGAUAUAAAGAUUUAAAUAGCAGAAAUCAUGUGUCUGACCAACAAAUUCAAAAAAUGUACAUGCUUUGUGAAAGUAGAAUUAGCGGCAGAGCUGUUGUAUCUGGUUGCCUUCUUUUGCCCAGGUGUUUGUGAUGUUAAGGCACGCUCGUGUAUAGCCUGCAGUUUUUGAAUCAGCAGUAAUAAGGUCAUUGCAGUACUUGAAGACGGUGGUAGCAGUCUGAUACUGACAAACUUUGGAGAAUGUACUUGUAACCAUGUAGCCUGUGUAGUACAUUCCAGGCAGAGGAGUGUGUUCAGCAGCAGACUGCUGUACUCAACCAACAGACUAAAGAACUGUUUCACCCUCUGGCCAUUAAACUGAAUAUCUCUAUUCAAUGAUGGCAGGUGGGAAACAAACUGAUGUAUUGCUCACUCUGCAACACAAAACAACAAUAUAUCAAACAUAAUAUCAAUCUGAAUACAACUUUUGAAAAUGUUUUUAAAAAUGGGUUCACUUCAAACCCAUAAAAAUGCAUUGUACUGUAUUAAAAUACCUUUCGAUUUGGUAACCUUGUCAGUCUCCACGCUAUAUAACUUUGAGCAUUGUUUGUUCAGUGGUGCUUUAAGCCUGUAAGGUAAGGUUGUCACAAAACCGCUCCAGUUGAGGUCCUAUGAGAUCUCUCACAUUAGAUGUUAAACUUGACUGAGCCUCAUCACUUGCCCUCUGACAGAAAUGUGUGCAGCUACUCCCUGUGUUGUGUCUAAACUGGGGAUUUGAAGACAGCUGUUUGCAGCCGAUGGAGACAGAUUUGAUAAGAGCUCUGAGAUUGGACCGAGUCACACCGUAAACAUGUGAUUUGGUAAAGAAAAACACAAAGCUAAUAGAGUGAGAAAAUUGCAAAGCUGGGUGACAACUGUAUGAAUUUGUCCCUGCGACACUUGUCACAUGAAAUGAUUCAAUACCUUGUUGAUGUAUGAAGCACUGGUGCAGUUUUGAAGGAUGUUGAACUGCAGCUUGGCACCGUCAUUUAAAUAUGAUACAGUCUAUAACUGUAACCAUAAAACACAAAGAGACAACCUGAAAAUAAGCUCACACUGACAGUCUGGGAAUGUGCAGGUACUAUUGUACUUUUCUAAAUUGAUAACAUGGUUAUAUUCAGGGAUGGUGAAAAAUUUUAGUACAUUUUAUUACUCAAAAGUCAUUUACUUCUUAAAGUAUUGACAUUCUUAUGAGUAAUUUUCUCUAACCUUAUUAAUAUAAUGAUCAAAUAAUGCAUUUAUCUGCUUCCACAUUAAACUCAGAUAUCCAGAUUGUUUGAUUUAAAGUCUUGUUUUUUUUUUUCUCUCCUAUUUGCGAGCAUAUGGGCUUCCUACCCUACACUAGACGCCAUGUUCCAUGUUCAAAGCCUCAGUUUCAAACACACUCUGGGAAUAAAUCAUCUCAGCGCUCCAACUCCAUCUUUAACUUUUCAAAGGAUUGUUUACUUUUGUUGAAAAAGUAUGGAGCUGUUAUUAUUAUCCUUCUUUUUUACCUUUGAACAGAUGACAGUGAGACCUCAGUCUACAAGUAUUGAUAGAUUAUAUCAACCGAUGUAUUCUUGUGCCUCUUUUAAAUCAAGCUUGUUUCUUUCACUAUUCAGUGCAGCAGACCGGGGUCAGGCACUGCUAUACAGGCUCGAGGAAAAACCUGUACAUCAACAAGGACACCAAGGUCAUCUGCCAAGGUUUUACAGGGAAGCAGGUAUGUAUUUCCCUAUAGAUACCAUAACAACAUUAAUUUCUUUAGAUAAGCUGGCUCUUAUUGUGAAAUCUCAGAGCAGGUUUUCCUUAACCUCUGUCUAAUACUAAUACAAACAUGAGAAAAAGGUCUGUGUCUGUGUCAAACAUGUUUCUGUAUGCUCUGUGAGUAUGAAAUAGUGGGUUAGUGUUGUAUGUGAGUGUACAUAAAAACCUGGGUAAACAACUUUGUUGGAAAAUAGAACACGAAUUGCUUCUUACUGCACAGUGAGGGGUCAUGACUGUUAUGAGAUGAUUCUGAGAGACUAGAAAACAAUGGUGACAAUAAAAUGGCGCCUGCUCUAUAAGCCUGAAAAACACAUUUUCAACAUGUGGAGGAUUGUUCAGAUGGGAUCGCUGUACGUCCGUCACUGUUAACAGAGAAACUUAUACAGAGAGUAUACAUGAGUUUUUCAAUAUCAAUAAAUGAUUUUGUGUUUUUCUUUUAAGUUUGUUGAACAAAUUACCACCACAGUGCUAAGAGACUCUACUCUUAUUAUUAAAUUUCUAAAUGAGUACUAAAAAACACGAAUGUUUUAACUUCGGGGGUGAGCCAUGUUAGGGCUGGGCGAUAAACUGAAAAUUAACUGAUAACGAAAUUUACAACAAAAACCGUCCAUAUUGGUAUAUUCGGUGUCAAAAAAAUAAAUAAAAGUUGGUUUUGGACGUGUGUAGGUAGGCUGUAGUCUCAUGUCCCUUUAAGACACUGUCCUACGUCAGAGACAUGACUCAACCCCAUCCAGUCUGUAACAAAGAGGAAAAGACAGAUGAGGAGAUGGAUGACGGUUCAAAAGUUGUAGCGGCUGGAGUAGACGAAGUUAAUGUGGGUGGGGGUGAGCAGCUUGUGGAGUAGUUAUCGUCUAUUUAUUAUUAUCAAGGUGAACUGUGUUAUUGUUUUGACGCCAUAUCACCCAGCCCUAGACCAUGUAACACUUUUUGUUAUACCAGCCCCUUAUUUUGAAAGGGUAAAACUGGUGCUGACAGGAGGUCUAACUGCCUUUUUGUAUUGAUUUACUUCAUAUUUUGAAUUCAGAUAGCAAACUAACAAAAACAUGUAACGCUAAUAAUAAUCUGAAUAAAGAAUCGAUGCAUUAAAUUAGCCAAGAGUCAACAAAUUUUGGCUUUUGCCGCGUAAUGUUUUUCCCCUGGGUACAAAACGGCAUUUUCAGCAGGUAUUUAGAAGAAGACAAAUUGUGAUAGCUGGUUAAGGCUAUUGGUUUAUUAAAGUAUUGUUCUUUUUUUCCCCAAGGUUAGGGUUAGUUUCACCUGUUUUAGUAAGAAAUAUAAACUUUGGAUGCCCAGUUGUUGAUCCCUCAAGUUACUUUUCAAGGCACGGAGAAGUGCAGGUGAUUCACUUUGAGCCGUGUCCACUCAAGGAGAAUAAAAAUCUUGGCAAGCGUGUUAAACAAGCCUGAAACACGGGCUUCACAGAUUUAUAUCCCCCUUCUGUCCUCAAUGAACUUUCCAUUUUUCAUCCUCCAAUUUCUCUUCAACAUAAUAAAAGGUUGUUAAAUAUAGUUCCAGUGAACACUCCGGAUAAUUAGAAAAGGAUGAGAAAUGAAGCAAGAGCUAUUGAGUGCACAUUUGGGUGUCUUUCUGGGCUGAUAAGCAAGCAAUUUUUCAAAUUUAUUGUCUCAACAUUUGCGAUAAUAAUGACUGGCAAAAAACAGCAAAGUUAGCAGGGUUAAGGGGUGUGUUACAAUUAGAAGAAAAAAAUGCUGAUUCAGAGCUUCUAAUUCCUGUUAAUAGGCCAGUUAUAAUUUUUACACGGGGGUCAUUUAUCUGCACUUAUAGUUAUGACCCUUGGCUGCUUUAUCUACAUUGUUUCAGCAUCUUCAGUAAUUAUUAACUGACUGUGGUGUGAUGUGAUUUGUUCAGCAGAAAAUCAAUUUACCCCGCAUUUAUGCACUGGUUUUCUGGACGAGUACAUGUGAGGUUCACUUUGAAGAAUUUGCCUCUCAGAGCGUGUUUUUCCCCCUCUGGUGUUAUCGCUUCUUAAUAUUGAGUAUUCUCUGUCAAAACAGGCCUGGUGGGAAUAUUUGUACCAAUGAACACACAGUAACAACAGCUGGCUUUGAUUGUAAAGACUUCUAUAGCACAUUUGGGAUACAUUCAUGAACCUCGAUCAUCAGAUACAUCCUGCUAAAAUUAUGAAACACUUCUGCGAUAAAUUAAAUCAGAGAAGAUUAUUAUUAUCUAUUUGUCUUUUAUAUACGUAUUAGGGGUGGAAGAGAAAAUGGAUACAGCAUAGUAUUGCAACAUUUUGUCUGGUGAUAUAUCGUAUCAUCACAUUUACCAAGUAUGGAUUUUUUUCAAAUUAACUGCUAAUAUGAAGUCAAAUCUAUGAUAAUGGAGAAAAUAAAGUCAACUGUUUGUCCAAUGAGGUUGGCAGAGGUGACAUCAUAGAGCGGGAGAAAGUUAGUACAACAAACAUAGCACCUGGAGAAAGACAUUAGGAAUGCAAACAGGGCACAAAUGAGAAGGACCUGACAUAUGAGGUUUGCAAGAUGUGUAACAUGAAAAUGAAAUACUGUGUAAAUAAGACAAAUAUAAUGAAAGACAAAUGCUUAAUUAGCUAAACAGUUGAAAAAUUGUAUAAAUUGCAAUACAUUGUAUCGCAAUACUCAAUGUAUUACAAAAUGUUGAAAAUCGCACUACUAUCAUAUCGUGGCCCAAGUUUCGUGAUAAUAUCGUAUCGUGGGGCCACUAGUGAUUCCCACCCAAUACCUAUGUGGUUUGUUGUCAAUUUUUACUGCAUAAUUUCAGUUUGUGGUUGUAAUUGUACAACCCUUGUGUAACUAGAAAUGCACCGAUCCAUUUUUUUCCGAUCCGAUACCGAUACCUGGGCCAAGCGUAUCGGCCGAUAUCCAAUACCGAUCCAAUAUGACUGUUGAAUGAAUGAACUGUAUACCUUGCCCUGUGAGUGAAGGCAUCAGGCUUGACAUUAGCCUUGUUAAAAAGAGGUGACAAAUUAACACAGAUAUAAAUGUACUUGAUAUUAUUUAUUAACAGAUAACAAAUCGCACAUUGGCACACAGCAAAAAGAAGAGUUCCAUGUAAACAUUUAGCGCAAAAGGAUAGACAUAGAAUAUAGAGUGAACAGAAUGGCUGUGUUGCUGUGUCUGAUAAUAAUUCAAACAAAAAAAAGACUGGAUCGGCAUCAUUCAUCAGAUAUCCAAUCCAGUUAAUUUGUCAAGAUCGGAGCCGAUAUCCGAUCUGAAUAUCGGAUUGGUGCAUCCCUAUGUAUAACAAUGAUGCUUGGUCAAUUAACAGAAACACUGGCCAGUGUGAUGUGACACAUCUGUAAAGCAGCACAAACUGCUGCAUCCACAGAAAUGACCAUUCCUAUAAACAAGCUCCACUUUGACUGAAGAUAAACAUUGUAGCCUGAAUAAAUGACGGAUUCCUAGAGUUGUUCAUGCUAGCAAACAAACCGACACACUGCUAAAAAUGGACUCUAUAAUACCGUCUUCUCAAAAGUUUAACCCGCUCUCACUUAGUCUCAUUUUAAAACCUGAGAAAAACCCAGCCUCACCUCUGUAUCCAUCCCUUUCCUUGGCUGCACAGGUGAUUAAUCCUGGAUGGCAGCAUAUUUCCUCCUUCCUUUCUGUCUGUAAUGAUAUCUCAAGGUUGAUGCUGCAGAAGCACCAACACCUCACUUCAUUACACACUUACACACACUCUGCCUCCUCUUUCCUUCGUAGGGAACGUUUCACAGUCAGCAAUCUCUUGACUAUGGCUCCCAGUUAGUCGGAGGUGUCUCACCCGGUAAGGGCGGAAAGACACACCUCGGCCUGCCCGUCUUCAACUCAGUCAAAGAGGUUCGUAAGAAACUUUUAACCUGAAAUAUCUGUAAAUAUGGAUAAAACUCAAAUAAGUGUUGCAGUGGAGAACGACUGCAAGGCUUUAUAUAAUAGAUGUUUAAAAAAAACAUUAGGUGGCACUAUUUCAUUACUUAUUAAAAUUUUCAUUUUUAAUGCACCAACAAUACCUUUUCUUCCGCUCCCUCCUCAGGCGAAGGAGGGCACAGGGGCAGAUGCCACUGUGAUUUAUGUCCCUCCUCCAUUUGCGGCUGCAGCCAUCAUUGAGGCCAUUGACGCAGAGAUACCCUUGGUGGUGUGCAUCACAGAGGGCAUCCCCCAGCAGGACAUGGUGAGAGUCAAACAUAAGCUGCUGCGCCAGGGCUCCACCCGCCUCAUAGGCCCCAACUGCCCAGGAGUCAUUAAUGUAAGUUCUCACACACACACACACACACACACACACACACACACACAUACAUACUGUGCUGACAGAUGCAACACAUUAGCAUUUCUACUUGUAAAGAUGCAGUUGAAAGCUUUCAUUAUUUACUUAUGCUGCUGUUUUCUUUCUUUAGUUUCUGUGUUUUCGCUGCAGAUAAAUAAUAGCAGCUCUGUCGUUUGAAUAUCAAUGUUUUCUGCAUUUCGAGAGUGUAGCAAAGUUAUCAUUUAGGCAAAGGAAACUUUAAGAAGUUCUCUUUACUCAUGGGAAUUUGAGCAGUGAAUAUUCAUUGAAUUUGUUCUGCUUUAUUUAAAUUGAGCUCAUAGUGUAGGGAAAAAUGCUGAAUUAUAGAUUACUGCACUCCAUAAAGAAAGGCUCCUCUGCAGUAAAAAGAAUCACAAACUGGAUUCAGGUUCAGCCGAGGACCAAGUGAUGGAUCAUUUCACUUGAUAUGGAGCAGAAGCAUUCGCACAUGUCCUGUUAAUGUCAUUUAUUCGAAUCUAAGUAUAUAAUUAUGUUUUUUUCACAGCCUGGUGAAUGUAAGAUUGGGAUCAUGCCAGGGCACAUUCACAAGAAAGGAAGAAUCGGUGAGGUUUCCUGCUUUCUCUGUUACUGUGAUGAAAAGUAGAGUUUUGAAUUUGAACAUUGAAAUCAAAGUUGCAUUUGUAACGACUGAAGGGUGUGCAGCUGGUUUGUCUUUAAAAAGAAGUACAUCUGCGUACUUCUCUUAAAAAAAUAGCAGAAUGACUGAAGUGUGAUAAAACAGAAAUACAAACUUUGUUCAUACUCCAGCUAUCCUUCACAAGUUAAACUUUCUUAAAUGCACUACACUUAAAUCCUAGAUUGAGUUUCUGCCGUAGACAGCUUGAUAAGCAACCUGUGCUGCUGUUGACCAGUGAACCUAAGAGGAAGUCUCUUUUAGACUACAUCAACUGUCAUCAUUUCUGAAGCUUAAACCGAGCAUCUGUUGGCGGGUUUGAUCUCAUUUGUUUGUGCUGUCAGGAUGAAACAAUUCAGCCAGAGUUGGGGGACAAAAUUACAGCUGCAUUUGAUUUCAUUUUAUUACACUUGAUUGCAGCAAUGUUUUGAUUUUGAUUUGCAUAAAAAAAAAAAAAAAAACAUAAUCAUAAACUGUUUCUAAAACUUUUCUCCCAGGUAUUGUGUCAAGAUCAGGCACCCUGACAUAUGAAGCUGUGCACCAAACUACACAAGUCGGCCUGGGCCAGUCACUCUGCGUUGGUGAGUAUAUAAGAUUUGGUUAUGGCACACAGACACACUGCUCGUAGCAUUUUUUUCUCUGCCGACAUUAUUUGAAAUAGUCAGAUGAGGUUACAAGACCAAAUCUUUCCUGACAGUGAAGAAAUGGCGGUUCCUGUUUCCUAACAUCAUCAGCGGAUAUAUUGCACAACAAUGAUACUCAGUGAUAUACCAGGCAUUAAGUAUCAGAGACCUGCCAACAUUUAAAACUUAAAAUCAAUGAAGUGUGAUUGUUUAAUUACUUUUACCUUCACCAACAAUACUCUAGAAUUUAGAUUUCCUAACCUUGGAUGAAUGGUUUUCACCUCAUCAGACACCGUGUUUGAAGAAGCACUCACUAAAUUUGAAGGCCAUCUACUCACAUCAGUGCACUAAAUUUGCUGCCAUCCCAGAGUGCUACUUAAAGAUUGAAAAGACUGAUUGAGAGGCUCAGGUAAAAGUGGACACUUUGUCUACCUUCAGAUCUCUUUAUCCCGAAGUUUCAAAGGAAAGUUUCCUCUUUGAUACAGGAGGCAUAAACUUAGUACAAACCAGAGGUGUACGUUCUCUGUAAGACAUUUAAAGUUAGCCAACUUUUAAGGUAAGUUAAAGAGAGCAGUCAAACAGAAGAGUCAGAUUCAUCAAAUCGAGACUCUAAAACAACAUUUCCAGUGUUACUGUGUUACUACAAAUGAGCUGAACUGAGAGACAAGUGCAUCUAGUAGUUGCAGGUACUUCUGUAUUUACUUUUAAAACAAAACAAACAUCCCCGCCUUGUUAUUACCGUACCUGUCCAUGAUUUUGAAACAGCCUUGUGUCUCUUGUUGACUGAUUAUUUCUGCGGCUUAACAAACUAAACUUAAUUCAUGGUGUGCUGCUCCUUAUUGUGGUUUUAAUUGAAAUGAUUAGUUUUCAGUUUCCGUCAGCCCUGUUUUCGGGGUCUCCUGAUGCAGCUUUUCAUGCUCAGAAUAUUUAUUUUUAAUUUUAACACACCAUCUCGACACACUGCUAAUAAAAGAUUAAUUAUUUAACAAAAGCUAAUUCCUUUGGCUGACUUAUUCGCAGCCAGAAAAUCGAUAUUACAGGCCUGGUCGGACACUGGAAUUAACGGGAAAAACAACUUAGCACCAUUAUUAUUUAGACAUUUUAAUUAUAGAGUGUCCUCUAGCCAGACUUCAUAAAGCUAGUGUGGCAACAGUAUUUAAUAUUGUAGAGUUCAUUAAGAGGGUUUAUUGGUGGUUCUGCUUCAGACUUCUUAAGUCUGAGUAUGACCUACAGGCUACAGCGGAUGACUGUUGUUACAAUAUUUAAAAUUACUGUCCUCCUUGUUGCUGGUAAUGUUCCUCUCUGAUUAUUAUUCAUAUCAUUCGUUUCUUGGUGUGUCCAGGUUUUUAAUUCAGCUAAUAUUAAUCUCAAGGCAAUUUGGUCUGUGAUGUUUCAGGUUUCUGGGUGUCUUGCUUUUUGCUUUUCUGAAUCCUGGUUUCAUUUUAUUGAAAAUGAGUUCUGGUCCCUUUGAAAGCCCUGUGUCAAUGAUAUGGAAGGGAAAGCAUGAUUACACUACCAAACAGAGGUCAUGGUAAAUUAAAAUGGUUAUGCUAUUAAAGGGACUUUGAAGCAUCUUUUAAAUGGAUGGAAAAAAAUGUGUUUUUGUCAUCUUUGGACUAUUAAACAGUACUCUGAAAAAUUCCACUCACUGAGGCUUUGGAAAAAAUGCAAACCUGUUACUUUUGAGCCUUGAUCAUGUUUUGAGCCAUAAGUCACAGCUGCUGUUAAGUAAUAUUUCUAUUUUAAUAAUUUCCAGCAUUUCAUAGUAACAUCUUGUCACAAUGCAGGUUCCCUAUGGGCACUAUGAUGAGGUUUCAAAGCCUUCCCAUAGUGAAUACCCGAUACCUGGGCUGAGCGUAUCGGCAGAUAUCCGAUAACGAUCCAAUACUACUGUUGAAUGAAUGAACUGUAGACCUUACCUUGUGAGUGAAGGCAUCAGGCUUGACAUUAGCCUUGUUAAAAAAAAAGUAACAAAUUAACGCAGAUAUAAAUUUACUUAAUAUUGUUUAUUAACAAAUAACAAAUUGCACAUUAGCACAAAGAAGUAAGACUUCCAUAUAAUAAAAGAAAAAUUAAUUAAAAGAAAAAAAAAGACUGGAUUGGAACGCUGGAUUUAUCCGAUAUCUGAUCUAGUUAAUUUGUCAACGUCAGAACUGAUAUCCAAUCCAAAUAUCGUAUCGGUGCAUCCCUAGUUUAAACCAGGUUGAAAACUGCAUUUCCAAUGAGCACUAUCACCCUGUAUCAUCACAAAAUUCACCUCAGCUUUGGUUUCAGAAAAUACAACCACAUAGGCACUACAAUUUAGUGUAAAUAAAUGACCAAUCUCACCACAUACCAAAUCCACAGCCAUAAGCAGAGACUGCCUUUUAUUUGCUAAGGCUAUUUAUGAAUGAAUUUGCUGCUACACAUCUAAGGAAUGUAUAAAAAGUGGCAGUUGGCGAAAAUGUUCCUUUAUGAACUUCAGAUGUUUUAAUGAACCAAUAAUUACCCCUCGGCCAAAACAAAUAAUUAGAAUUAUUGAAUUGACUUAAUAAUUAACCCUUGAAUAAGGAAGAUAUCCAACAACCCUCAGAAGAAGUGAAUGUUUCUGUAAAACUUAAUGUAUACUGUCGAGGAUGAGGCUGAAAAACGAAGGCCUAGAUUCAUCGGUGAAGUAGUAAAAAAGUUGAGAUAUUUAAUCCUUUAAAAUCCCAGUGGGGCCAUCUUCAGCCUGUAAUUUGUCUUGCUCUCAGGUCAAAAGAUCCAGGCAGUGCAGAUUUGUUUCCAGGCAUCCCCACUGAUCAGCUAUGAAAACAGAUUAGCGCCUCUUGUGAAGAUAAGACCAACUCCGGCACAAAUCUGCUUCUUAUUCCGCUCAGCAUCCGUGUGAUCUGCAGGUAUUCCCUGGAACGAUCAUGCAAGUCUGGAGUUUACAACAAGUGUUUGCUUUGUUUUCUGUAAGGUAUUGGCGGGGAUCCAUUCAACGGUACAAACUUCAUAGACUGUCUGGAGGUGUUCCUGCAGGACCCCAAGACUGAAGGCAUCAUUCUUAUCGGGGAAAUUGGAGGCAACGCUGAGGAGAACGCAGCAGAGUACCUCAUACAACACAACUCUGUAAGGAGAUAACACACAGCACACCCAUUAUUUAACCUGGAUCUCCUUGUAAUAUCCUUCGCUACGGUGCCUUACCUCGACAGAUAUAUCUGUUCAUAUAAAAUAUUUAUUCUUCUAUGAAUUAGCUCUAAGUCCUCUCAGAUCUGCUGCGCACACCGAGAACUAUUGUGUGCAGAGAACAAGGUGGAAAUAUGAGAGUGUUUUUCUUUUGAUCACAGCCUCAGGCUUUCUCUCUCAGCUCCCUCUGUCUCAAUGAUGAAGACAAAGCGUGACAGAUGGCAUGUAGGGAUGAAUCACAGGGCAUGAUCUAGAAAUCUGCAGUGUCGAGCUGUAAACCUUUAGCAAUGCCCACAUGUGAUGAACAGCAGUGAGGUGAUAAUUGGCUCAUCAACUCUAGUCGAGUUGCUAACAACUUCACCAGGUCUGUUCCUGGGCUUUUUUCCCUUUCCUGCAGAUGAUUUUUAAUUUUUCAGUGCGAAUGUGUUGUGUUUCUGUGUGUGUAUUUGUGCGUGCCUGUGGUGCUCUUGAGCUGAGGAUUGGACUUGAUUUGCCCUCGGUUUCUCUAAUGCAUGCAAAUCUCCCGCUGGCGUCUCAGGAGAAUAACUUCUCUCUCUCCACAAUUAAAGUUUUACAUCCCACCACCACCACAUCCCACCCUCCCGCCCGGUCCCCCACCCACUCAAUCACCGUGAGUGUUGACAGCGAGGGACAGUUCAAAUAAAACCCAUGCACCAAAUAGAGCCACGUGGGAGUAAGCCGCAGAUCUCUAGUGAAAAGUCAAUUGCGUGGAAGAUCAACCGGCGUACUGUUUUUUUAGAGAGACUUUUGGAGCAAACUUAACUUUACUUGUUUUGAAUAAAUUUGAAUUCGCAACACAUUUACAAUAACCCAGGGCAGCUCCCCUAUGUGAACUUUAUAUGAAUGCAAAGCACAGGCUGACUGCAGAGGAGCAACAGGUGAGUCUGUCCAAAAUAAAUCAAACCUACAGAAUAUAGAAGGCCUAAACUUGUUGACAUAUUAUUUUCCCUCCGUUAAUCAGUUCAAGUGUGUCAGUGGUCAGGAUCAGAGGACACCGACCCUCUGAAACAAGAGCGCUUUUUGUAAUUUAUCCUAAUAUGACUUUCAAUCCUUGAACUUGCACUAUUUAGAUUUGGUUAAACACUUUCUCAGCUCUUAAAGGAUAAAAAAAAUAUUGCAUCCGGUCUCACCAUGGAGCAAAGUUAGACUUAAAAAUGAACUGUUUUUGUAUCUAUUUGAAGUUAAAUGUGAAGCAGUGAUAUAGUCUCUUCGCCUCAUUGAUAGACUGAAUCAGUGUGGUUUACUAUUCUUAACUGCCUGGUAUAAAAGCCUGAAAUUUGUUCAAAACUGACCAACCAGAUCAUUUCAAAUUUCUCAAACUCCUCCCACUUUUUAGACUGAUUUUUUCCCCUUUAUGUAUUAUCAUAAAUGUCACCCUUUCUUAUGACGAUAGAGUAACAAGAAAGGUUACAAACAAACAAUUCAAUGAUAAUCAUAACUUUUAAUACAGCACCUUUUUGAAACAAAGUUUAUGAAGGGAAAUAAAACGACAACAAUAAAACAGAAAACAACAUUAAUACAGAAGGUGAAAAAGAAAUGAGAGUUUGUAAGGCAAACAGGUUCAGAUAAAAAAAAUAAAAACACUGACAGAAAAGAAUUAGCUAUGAUUAGCUAGCUAGAUCAUAUUGAAAGUGCUAAAACUGAAUUUAGGUAAAAGCUUUUUUAUUAAAGUAUGGUUUUAGAUUAGAAUUGAAGAUGACACUGAUUGGAUGAGCCUUAUUUCCUUUGACAGGCUAAUCCACAGCACAGGCUCUCUAAUAGAGACACAGUCACCUUUUGUCUGUCUAUGUUUUGAACACGGAGUGUGACAAGACACCAGCCGUGUUCAGGGCCACAGCACAUCUAAAACAGUGCAGUCAAUAUAUUCAGUGUCAAAAAAUAAAUAAAAGUUGUUUUUGUAUGUGUGUAGGUAGGCUAUGGUCUCAUGUCCCUUUUAAGACGUUGUCCUACAUCGGAGACGUGACUCCACCCCAUCCAGUCUGUAACAAAGAGGGAAAGACAGGUGAGGAGAUGGAGGACGUCUCAAAAGUUGUGAUGGCUGGAGUAGACUCAAGUUAAUGAAGGAGGGGGUGAGCAGCUUGUGGGGUAGUUAUCGUCCAUUUAUCAUUAUUGAGCUGAACUGCUCAAUAUAUCGUGAUAUUGAUUUGAGGCCAUAUCAACCAGCCCUACUCUGACAUAUUAGACGCGUUUCUUCCCUGAUAAGUUGUUUUCACCUAUGCUGCACUUUGCUGAGUCAUUAUCUUUUUAGUGGAGCCAGGACAAACUUUCAACUGCUUGCUGUGAUUUCCCAUUUAUAAACAACAUGACUGCCAGACACAGACGGCUCAGGGGAGUCUGAUGGCUGGAAUAGUUAAUGCAGAACUCGAGGAGACCUGACAUUCACAACACACAGCAGGAGACUGCUGUAGUAUUUGUCCACAAUGAUCACACUAAACUGAGAGGCAAGUCACUUAGAUGGCCAUAAGAGGGACAUAUUUCAUGUAGUUUGAACUAAAGAUGAUGAUAGACACAACAAGGAUUCCUAACGCAGCUUUGUUCAAGCCUGGAGACACUAUGUCUGACAAACAGAUAACUUAGAGGAGCUUUCAGGGAAAAAAAGACCUUGGUUAUUUCGCUGUCUUCACAGCAGCAUCUUAACUGGCAUGAGGAGCAAAUUACAAGGUGUGUGAGGAAGGUCAUUUCACUUCUGAAGAGGCCCGUGACCUUAAGUCUGACACAGCAGGUGAAGAGUAAUCCUACACUGGGAGACAUCAAGAUUGAACGGAUAGAAGGGUCAAAGGUCUAAACCAUUUGUACAUCUAUAUUAAAAAAGAAGAAAUUCCACCACAGCCAAGAGUCUCUUAUGAUAACUUUGUUGAUGUACUGUGUCACAAAUUAUGCAAUGUCAGAUCAGCAGGUCCUGGUAGACGUCUGUGGACAUCUGUGGACUGCAGAAUUUUUUAAAUAUAUAUAUAUAUAUAUAUAUAUAUAUAUAUAUGAGAGAGAGAGAGAGCAAUAGAUAGAUGGAUGAAGGGAUAUAGAUAGAGAGAUAGAUAUAGAGAGGUAGAUAGAGACAGAGAUAGAUGGAUGGAUAGAUAUGGACAUAUAGAUAGAUAUAGACAUAUAGAUAGAUGGAUGGAUAGAUAUAGACAUAUAGAUAGAUAUAGACAUAUACAAAUAGAUAGAUAUAGACAUAUAGAUAGAUAUAGACAUAUACAAAUAGAUAGAUAUAGACAUAUAGAUAGAUAUAGACAUAUAUACAAAUAGAUAGAUAUAGACAAAUUGAUAGAUGUAGACAUAUAGAUAGGUAGAUAUACAUAUAUGGAUACAUGUACACAUAUAGACAGAUAGAUAGAUAGAUAGAUAGAUAGAUAGAUAGAUAGAUAGAUAGAUGGAUAGAUAUACAUAUAGACAUAGAUGGAUAGAUGGAUAGAUAUACAUAUAGACAUAGAUAGAUAUACAUAUAUAGAUACAUGUACACAUAUAGACUGAUAGAUAUAUAGAUAUAGAUAGAUAUACAUUUAAACAUAGAUAGAUAGAUAGAUAGAUAGAUAGAUAGAUAUAGAUAUAGAUAGAUAGAUAUAGAUAGAUAGAUAGAUAUAGAUUUUUUUUUAAACAGGAUUUAGUAGCAGAAGCAGCCAUGUCAGUUAAAAAGCCUCAUGAUGAGAUGAACAGAUUUGAUUGGACCGGACAGAUAUAUGUCUAAAUGGAAAGGUGAGCAGAUGCAUCCUCGUGAGCAAAUGGGACAAAACGUAAUCCAAGUCUCCGCUCAGAUGUUUGUCAGCUGCUGCAUCCAAACCACGGCCUCUUGAAACCACCGAGAAGAGUGUGGAGAAAUAACUUCAGAGAUAAACUUCAUUUAGUCAGAAUAUUGUGUGGUCAUGUAUAACACCAUCAGUCAUAGUAAGGAGUCAUUUGAGAAAAUAGUUUUUUUUAGGACACUGCGUUUCACAUUAACUUGACAAAUUCUGCCACUCCGGACACAUUAAGUACAAACUGCUCAGUGGAAAUAAGGUCUAAAGUCAUGAUUGAUUUGUGUCAUGCAACAUUAAAUAUAUUGAACUCCCACUUGAGAAACACACAUUACACCAGAAGGUGAAGAAGUAUUGAUUUCUGUAUGCAGCAGUGUUACAGCUGAGUUACUGCUGACUGUUUAUCUACCAGUGCCUUAAUUCUGUAAAAUUCAAGAGAAAAUCUUUAUACUUCCCUCUUGGUUCUGCUGUCGGAUUUCAUGAUGCAGGGCAUAUUUCAAGGUUCUGUCUUCAUCAGUGUCAGCAGUGCUUGGUAACAUUAUGUGAUUUAAAAGUCACCUGUAUCAAAGGUCUGCGUAUCGUUGCCUCGCAGGCUUUCUGAAGUCAAAAAUAGGCUUACAGAGAACAACCAUAUUACAAUUUGCUUCAUGCAUACCAAGUAGGUCAGAGAAUUUGGCACCUAAGCCACCGUAGGGGGUAACUGAUUUUUCUCUAUAUUUCAGAACCAAGUUGUCUCGUGUGGGCUUAGCUAAAGCUCUUGUAAUUCCAAGGAAACCACUGAAAAACCAAGGCAGAUUGAAGUAUAAGGUUUGUUCGCUCCACGUGUGUACACACAUGUUGGCUUUACUUCUACCUGUCAGGCGUGUUUGUGUCCCAGUUUGGCUUUUUAAGCCUUUUUGUGCUUCUCCUCACCUUAGACACAGCUGCUCUGUAUUUAUAUAACAAAGUCUUCCUCUAGCCAUGUUGGCACUCAGGGAUGUGGAAAGUACCCCAUUGGCCUCAUAAUUAAGGUAAUAUAUCUGAACUGCUAACAGCCGAAGACAAAAUGCAGGAGAAGUGAGUGAUAGUAUGACUCCCCUCCCUGUAUGUAUUGUUAGCACUUAGUAUCAAGGGAGGCAGGGAUUAAUAGAGUAAUUAAACCCCUUUCGUUUGAGGUAGAUUUAAGACUUGAUUCACAUGAGGGUGGUUUGUUUAUUCACGACGUGAUCUGAGUUCUCAAUACUGAUGGGGGCUUUGCUGCUGCUCUGCUUGUGCUUAGAUUUUUGAACACAGCACAGUUGCUCGUAACAUAUUUGGAGCACUUUAAAGUGAUAACCCUCCCCCCUCUCUCUCUCUCUCUCUCUCUCUCUGUCUUUCUCCUCCAUUGUGACAUUAACUACGCUAAGUGUUAAUGUCUCAUUAGUGCAGCUUUUCUAGCCAAGGUCCUCCACGUUUUCCUGGCUGAUAUACGUCCCUGCUCGUCUUAAUUAUUAAAAGUCAUCUCUACUUGAUAUGAUAUGAGUUGCUGCCAUCUUGCUCAUGUCAGUGACAGGAAUGGAUUUCAAGCUGAGACAGUGAGAGAAGCGGAUAUGUCUCUGAAGGUCUUCGCUGCGUUGCUCUGACUGUUGAACAAGCCACAUUCAUCCUGCAAAAGCUGUCUGCCAGAUGAGCCACUGCCUUUGUCGAACGCCUAGGACUCGCUCUCUCUGUGUGUGUGUGUGUGUGUGUGUGUGUGUGUGUGUGUGUGUGUGUGUGUGUGUGUGCGUGUGUGUGUGUGCGUGUGUGCGUGUGUGCGUGUGUACGUGCAUACACAAAGCCGUCUUCUACAAUUAGGUUGUUAUUUCUAAGUAUGAAAUAUUAGCUGCUGUACGCGCAGACACACACACUUUCACACUGUGUCCCUUGCGCUGGUUAUGAUGUUAUUGCUGAAGAUGAAAUAUUAGCUCUCUUCACCUUGGAAAUGAUCUUAACUGUUGAAUGUAACAUCCAUCAAUGGGCGAGCAGCACAGACAGGCGCUGAGCUAAUCAGUGGCUGCAUGACUAAUUACCAUCUCAGAAAUGAGAUGAUAUGAAAUGGCAGGAGUCUGAGCUCCUAUCUGGUCAUACACCAACCCAUGCAAUUAAAUGGCUUGAUUGACCCUUUGUUUUAAUAAUGCAGACUGAGACAGUGAUGGCUGGUUAGACAAGCCUGUUACCAUGGGGGCUCUGUAAUUGGAAGAGAUUGGGUGUUUAAUAUCUAAUGAAUGAAUAAAAUGUAGGUGCAGAAAACUAAUUCUCCCUAUUUUAAUCCCCACCAUGUUUCGCUCCCUCUUUUCCCGCGUCUUAUCUUCUUUGUUGAUGUACUAGCACACCUCGGCACCCACCUUUUUGAGUUUACUCUUUUUUUUUUUUACAGCGUUUUUUUUUUUUCCACCUCAUUAUAUGCUCAUGUUUUUCUUCCACUUCCACCCCCUGUGUCUAGGGUGCCAAUGCAAAGCCCGUGGUGUCCUUCAUCGCGGGGCUAACCGCUCCCCCCGGACGCCGUAUGGGCCACGCCGGUGCCAUCAUCGCUGGUGGAAAAGGCGGAGCCAAAGAGAAGAUUGCAGCCCUCCAGUCAGCUGGAGUCGUAGUCAGUAUGUCCCCUGCACAGCUGGGCAGCACCAUGUUCAAGGUGAGAACUUUGUUCCUGCAAGACAUGAUUGUACAUAAUAACACUUCGAAAAGGUGACACGGUCUAAAGACUACACUUUCUUGUGACACCUUAGAUUAGGCUGAUAAACUUUCAAACUUAAACUUUGGGAGGAUGUCAAAUGGAGGACUUUAUAUCUCUUUCAGACAUUUUAAAAUUAAAGUUGAACUACCAAUCGUGAUAUUUUCAGGACUGUAAUAUUAAUGUGGAAUUAUGAGAGGUAAGGACAGAUUAUUAAGUGACUUUAACUUCUCUAAAUAUCUCUAAUAGUUUGCCAUCUAUUACCUGUGAUUACCAGCAAUAAUUCAGUUUUAACACUUCAUUAUUCUCCUGCCAAGGAACAGUAAAACAAUACCUUAUAGGAUGGAAGUUAGAUUGAAGGCAUUUCUGAACAAUCAAACUCAAUUAAGCUUCUCUCCAAUGAAAAGUUGACUUCAGCAACAUUUAAUCUGUCUUAAAGAAAUUUGUACUGACCCACUUUUGUUUGUAGUCACUUUUGGAGCCAUUUUGUUUCUAUUAGUUAGUCAAGCCGAGGACAGACAGGAGAUGUGGAGAGAGAGCGGAGGUCGAAAUGCAACACCGACUGAUGCAGCUGCUCUAAGGUGCCCAGCUAUUGUAUACAAGGCAUUGGCUGAGUCAAACAGCUGUCCCAUCAUUCAAAUCAUAAAUAUAUAUUUUUUGACUUUUCAAAUUAACAAACAAAUCUGUGUAAUCUGUGUUUCAGUUCAUAUUUAAAACAAUUCUCACACUCCUACAAUCUGAGCUUGAGCUCUUCAUUUUCCCCUCUGACUCCUGUCUGUUUUCUCAGCCCAGGCUUUAGUCUUCUCUCAUUAUCAAUUUCUCUGUAUUUCUUUGCUGCUCUAAGUCACACCACCACCUUACAAUCAUUCAAUCACAAAGAAAUUUUGCCCCCAAUAUCUUACAGACAUACAGUAAAUACAUACUAAGGUCACAUUUUCAUUGUUUGGAUGCAGUAUCAAGCUCAAGCAGAGCUAGUAUCCAGCAAAUAUAAACUUAAGACUAGUUCACAACAUUUUUCUGAAACUUUUAAAAUGGUUUUAAAACCAGAUUCAGAGCAGGGUUUGUAUGUGCUGGUAGCACUCUAGGGCUGGGCAAUUACUCAGAUUUCAAUUUCAAUUUCUAUUUUGGCUCCCUGCCCUUUAGUAGCACCAUUUUGCAUCACUGAGCAGUUGCGGAUAUGUGAAUGUUUACAGGGUACUUGAUUUUUUUCCUGUUCCCUCGGAGUAGCAAGGUUGAGAUUGAACUUUUAAUAUGCCAUAAAGAAAAGGCAGAAGACAAGGGCAAGUAUGAAUAAACAUGCCCUGACAAUGGCUGAGUCGGCAGCACUACCCCUUUAUUCAAAUUUAUCUCUGGGGGAACACUGUUAACAAGAUGUAUAAAAAAUGAAAGAAUGUAUUACGCCCAUUCAUCACCUUAUAUUUUCAUUACCACUGCUGGCACUUCUGCACACCAAUACAGAUUUACACACUUUUUUUUGCCUCUGAAGUUUAAUUCAUAAUCAUUGUGUGUAAUGAUGAAAAACCUGUGUCGUGGUUGUUCACUGCGCUGCAUACAGUGUUCAUGCAUCUCUGUUAAUUUCACUGGCCGCUGUGAUGACAUACUAACGUCUAAGAGAGGCUAAUAGACAGACGCUCUGAGUGCGAUCCUCGCCGCUCUGCCGUCGCUGACCUGCGUGAGUCACCGUUUAAGUGGUGGAAACAGCAGAAGUUGUUCAUCAUGGAGAUUAUCAGCUGUCACAGUACAGUACAGCUACAGAUAAACAACUUUAUUUCCUGACUCUGUUUAUUCACAUGUUUGUCUGUUUUUUCUACUCUCUAUCAAUACUGGAAAUCAUGGAGUGCGUGCGUCAGCAGUUGUAUAUUUAGAACCAAAAGACGCAUGCUGCAUUCUGGGAUGUUUUCAGUAGAUGAAAUGUUAAAUGCCAGACAUUAGGUGAGCUCUUAACCACCGAGCUGUACGUCACAGACUGGAACCAACAAUGCUGAAAAUGCUUUUGUCCUCAAAGUUACAUAAGCACAUUCUGGCUUGAUAUUGUGUUCAUCUUAAUAACGGCUACAGAUGCGCACUGCCAACUCAGGUCAAGUGGAAACAGGAAGUAGCAUUUCUGUUAGGUGCCAGUGUCCCUGUUGAUGAUAAUAAAGCUUUUAUGUGGAGCUAUACGACAGCGGGAUGCUUUUUCUUCCCUGUCAAAAAAAAGGAAGGCAAAAUAAUAAAUUGCCUUAGGUCUAGUUUUUGUUUUUUAAUCAUAACAGCGUUGUCCCACGCACAUCUGGUAGACAGGCGCAUAGGAAAGUGAUGUAAUUUAAAGGAAGUAGUCGCAUUCGCACUGUCACCACUCCGAGUUUAUUAAAAGUUUCAGUCAUAACAAGGAGAUGCAGGAAAAAGGAAAAAGUAGAUUAACAUCAAGAAAGAAAAGAACAAAUAAAAGGAGGAUGAUUCAUUUGGAGAGGUGUGUCAAGUGUAGAAAGCUUCGCAUUAAACUUUGAGUCCUUAGGAAAGAGAAGUUCUUUUGUUUUGUGAAUUUGAAGUUUUUGGAGCUCAGUUACUGAAAAUGUUUGCAUCUAGUUUUUCUUUUGUCACUAGAUUCAGCUGGACUAUGUUGACACUCAAAGUAGUUAAGUGUUGUGUGACUGGCUAGUAUAGUAGUAUUUCUGGGGUGGGGUGUUGUGUUGCCUCAAAAACAAAUGCAUUGGUGAUGGGAAGAACAGUUCUUUUGACUGUACUGAAUCUUUAGAAUCCGAUCAUAAAAUUGAUUCGUUCAAAAGAUUCAUUCACCAAAAUCAGUCAAUGUUUCGAAUCCAUAUUCUGCCGGGUGCCGUACACGAGUGAGUGACAUAGCGGCGCUGAUUGGGAGUUCGUUCAUUGAACAAGCCCCUCCCCUCCCCUGCUGCUGAAGUCACAGUAUCGUUCGCUGGAUGACACAUGUCGUUCAUUCACCAAGUCGUGAAGGAAGAAUCACUCCCCUGCCCUGAAAAACUCACCUCUCUGUGUGCCGUCGCAAUUCACAUCGGGAUGCGAGUGAAACAACACAUCAGCAAGCAACACACCCGCUAAACAAGUGCGAGUUGUCGUUCUUUUAUAUCGCUAUAAUGCACUGUUUUAUCUUAGCCUACAUCCUCACAGUGGACGAACUGUUGCUCGGCAGUUUGUGAACGAUGCUACACCCCUCCCUCUUCUUCCUGCCUCAAGUCGUUCGGAAGUCGUUUGUUUCGUUCACAGUCUGACUAAUUUACACGUUGUUCAUCACGAGACUCCGCCCACUUGCUGGCUGGCCGUGUGUCGAGUCAAAGGCGGCAGUUCCACUCCCGACCUGCACGCCACUCUCGCGGCUGAGCUCAACUGAACUGAGAAAGGAACAAAUCAGGUCUCAGAGUGAUUCCAUUCACGUCGUUCAUGAAUGACACAACACUAAAAUGCACCCCAACCGCAGCAGCAUUCGCCUAUCACACUUGUUUGUCUCGUCUUUGUCAGUGAAGCCCCUCCCACUUUAAAGCUGUGAAGCGUUAAAACCCAAAUGCAGAAACAGGCAAACCCGUGUACUGGCAGAUAAAUCAGGGAAACUUGUAAGACGAGGAAUCAGAGCCUAAACGAUUCAAUUCUGAGUGUUUUCAGUGAUAUUCAAAGUGCUACUUGAGUAAGAGCGGGAUACCAGCAGACUUUUGUUUAUUUGAAAAGGACCUCAUUUAUGUGCAAGGUUCAAUAUUUAUGGCCUUUUGCUUGUUUACAAAGUAUCUGAGGCUCGUAAUCGCUGCGGCAGAUACUAUUAUUCCAUCCUGCUCAAUAUUCUGCGUACAGCAGGUGUGUACUCGUAUCCCGACGUGUGCAGACAAACAGAAUGAAAAGUUUCUGUGUCUGUGAGAUAAAUUCAAACUCAGAACUUAAAGGAAGCGCACACACACAAUAUUUUAACACACCCCGCCCCCGUCUUCAUGUGUGGGAAGCCUGUUGUCAUAUCCAGCUUGUAAAUGUGUUGCUUUUCUCUCACGGCUUGUUUUCUCCCGCUUUCCCCGGCUUGGUAUUUUCCCCCGUCUCUGUUUGAGUGGCAACCUCUACUUUCCUCCACCCUCCUCCCUCCUUGUCUUGUCAAGAGUCUGAGUCUGUCUCAUGGAGGAAAAAAAUGUCUGUUUUUUCUCCUUCUCUGUCACCAAAAAACUCUGCUUUUACUAUUUGUGUCGUGAUUCUAGCCUUGAGUUAGGAUGCCGCCUCAGACCGACAAAGCAUCUCUCUGUCUGCUUAUUUCACGCAUUAACCCCUCAUCCUUUUGCCUCGCAACUCUUCCUGUCCCAUUCCUUCUAUAUUUUUUUUUUAUCCUUAGUCUCUUUAAGCUCUUUCCCUUAAUACUGAACCCUGCGUUUUUCGCUCCACCUCCUACUUGAAGCAAAAAAAUAUUCCAGUGAACCGGCUCCCCAUCAUUUGCUGCAUCUUUCACAGGAAAGCUCAAGAUAAGAGAGGCCGAGUCUGCCUCUAAAACAUUUCACAGCCAUGGGAAUGUUUCCUCCUCAAGGUGGCAGUAGACCUUCAGGUAUCCGCACAGCUCUGAGGAAGGGGCUGACGUGUGCUGGAGUGUUUGUGUGUUCUGUAAACCUGAUAAACGACACUUGCACUAAGUUACUUUCCCCCCCAUGGAAGUGAAAUUCAGUGGAAACAAAGUAUUCUAUCAUCCUCCAGUUUGUGUGAUAUUUCCCUGAUUGAAUAUGUAAAUAGCUACAGCUUUUUUUUUUUUUUAAUGGUGAUCAUAAUACUCUCAUUAGCAGUCACGUGGUUUGACUCUGUGGAAAACACAGCUGCUGUAACCUCAGAUAAAUCAGAUGUCUUCUUUCAGAUGUGUCGCUUCAAUCACUCAGAAUAAGCUCGCUGUUUUAACGUCGACAAGUGGAACUCACUGACACGUACAGCCCUACACGAUUUGCACUCUCCAGGAAAAAAAACAACAGGCACUCUCCAGUGCUCUGUAUGCCUCUGUUUUCCCCCGCCUCAACAGCAGAUCUGAUGCAUGGGAUCAAAAAACAGAGCCGUGUGAAUUCUGCAUGAAUAAAUCAUUCACUUCUGUCUAUCUCACUUCACGUGGUGUGUCUCCCUCUCCCUCUUCCUCUUCUUCUUCUUCUUCUCUAUCCUUCUCUCUGUUGUCCAUCUCCGUAGGAGUUUGAGAAGAGGAAGAUGUUGUAAAUUGUGCAAGAAGGCAACUCGACCUUUUACCCCCCUGCCCUGAAUAUUGAGUCGAACAGCCGGAUUCUGGAGGUGGAUCUGCCCUGCGGUAGCUGUACACCCUGAUUAUUUCAACCAUGAUGCACACACGCAGUGUUUAUAUUGUAAUUUCUGCCAUGAACUUGUACCUUGCACACAACAAAAGAAUAAAACAUAGUGUCUUAAUGGAAUUCUAAAACAACUCAAAUGUACACAGUGUAAAAGCUUUAUAGAUGUUUUUUUUUUCUUCUCUCCCUCCACACAAUGUCAACAAAUGAGGGUGUCGAAGAACGCCACGGUAACCUUGGUGAUCUGUUUGUUUCUGUUAUUCUCUUCCUGCUGUAAUCCAUCACUCAUUUCUCUGGCUGUCCAUCUGAAUAAGAAAGAUUUCUCAUAUCACUUCUCUGCUGUGUUUGUUUUGAUGCUUUUAUCGCAGCGAUAAAGUCUCACAGUGCAGUGAUCCAGUCUGUGUCAGGGUUUUCUCCCUCUGUGAAGUAACGUGAAUGCAAAACUUUAUAUGUGAGAAGAAAACAGGCAAAGAUUCAAAAGCUGUCACAUGUUGAGUGGGCUCUUCAGCAAAGCUUGAACUUGUGACAUAUUGUAUGUAUAGAAUUAAUUACAUAGAGAAGAGGUGAGAUAAAGGUGCUGCUUUACCACUGAGAGCUGAAAAAAAAAACUAUGAUGCCUGACAUGUGCAUAGAAACAUCGAUUUUAAGUCAUGACCCUUUCUUUUUUUUCUUUCUUUCUUUCUUUCUUUCUUUUAUCUCAAACUUUAAGAACAUCAACUAAAAUAACACAUAUGUACCCCAAACAACUGUGAAUGUCAAAGAUAAAUUUACACUAACGUACGCACGUCAAAAACAAACAGUUUGAGAAGGAACAGAAUGAAGCGAAGAGCUUAUUUAGUCCUGCCCCUUCCUUUCAAAUCAGAGCCAAUAAUGAAUGGAAAAAAGAAAAUCUAAUUGAAAACUACAUUAGAGAUAAAAGCAGAAAACAACUGUGCUGUAGCCUCUGUUUCCAUGUAACCUCCUCUGAGUCUGACUGUGAACCAAGAGUCUAUGGUACAUAAAUGUCCCUGGGAAAAAAAACCUGAACCUCAUCAACCCUAAAGCUC